AUGUACCAAAACAGUCGAACUGCUUCAAAUAAACUGAAAAACAGAUUUGGAAAUAUCCUGCCAAGUACGAUUAUAGUCUUAAUUAAAUAAUCCAAAAAGAACCACCAGCAAUGUUUAGAUGCGUGCAUCGCUCAAAAACAAUUUUUCAAUGUUGUGACAAGAUUUAACAAAAGCUGGAAAAGUAAAUCAAAUUUGUUUAAAAAUAUUGCAGCGAGUUCUUUUUUUUUUUAAUGUGUUUUAAUUUCGCAUAAUGUAUUUUCAAAUAGAGGAACUAUACAGACCUGUACUUAUGUGUGACUCCAAAGACAUGGGGGGCUACUUUAACGCUGUAUUAACACCGGUAAAUAAUACUUAUUUGUUCAAUGUUAUGUAAGUAGAUCAGAAAAUUACACAACAAACAUGUGCAUAAUAGUUAAACGAAUAUUCUCUUUUCGAUCUUUAUUUUGCCAUUAGCUUACUCGGUAGCUCUGACUGAAUUUCAUUUAUGCAUUAAUUUACUUCCAAAUUUAGCAUUAAAACAUAACAAUUUUGAUUCCCCGAAGCUCUGUGUAUAUAAAAAAUUACUUUUUCCAUGGCCUUUAUUGUACAUGUUUGAAUAAUAUUUCCUUUUUUUUUCAGAGUUUCAGAAAAAGGAAUCAAGAUAUCAUCACCCAACUUCCACUCCCAACAACAGUGGUGGACUUCUGGCGUCUCAUUACUCAAAUGAAAGUUUCCCUGGUUUUUGCAUUUGAGGAGCAUUUACAAGCCACGGAUUCAGUAAUUUGUUUCUUAAAAUACUAUUCAUUUAAUGUUCAUUGCGUAUACCCUUUGUCUUCAGUUUGUCUAAUGAUCUGUUUCAUUUCAAUUGUAGAUAUCCAUUAAAAGUUUAAUUGUAUGAUAUGAUGUCUUAUUCUACUAAAUUAUAGAAAUGUAACAAAUUCUGUCAAAUGUAUCAAUGAUACUCGUCUAGCAUUUUUUAUGACAAAAGUUCUUUAAGUGGUCUCAAAUAGGGCCUAUCACAAUAAGAUAUGAAUGCUGCUAAUUAUAUCCUGAUUUUUCUAUGGAAAUUCAGACAAUAGGUAAAUAUUUGCCAGCCAGUGAAACAGAAAAAUCCAGCUUCCCUCCGUUUCAAGUUAGUAUGGGAACAUGGCAUCAAGGAUCUCACUGGGAAGAGAGAAACUUAUUUGUAACCGGAACAAAUG